AUGUCCGUGGCGAAGAUGGAUGCCACAGGGACCUCGACGCCGAUCAUGGACGAGGAGAAACUAUCGAUGCAGGCGGACCAGCGCCCUGCUGACCCCUCCUUUGCGGAGCUAGGGACAGUAGAACCCGUUGGAAAUGGUGGCCCGAAAACGUCGUGGCAGAAGUUCGUGAAUUGGAUGGAGACUCGAGCCAGCCUGGAAGCUCGCGGUAUCGAACGCGUGCCGGAGUCCAGUCGCCAACGCAAGGUCUCGAUGAGAGACUUCUUCCAAAUCGGCAUCGUCUGGUUCUCGGCAAACUGCACUGCCAAUAACAUGACUGUCGGAGUUCUUGGUCCAAUCGAGUUCAAGCUAGGCUUGAAGGAUGCCAUGCUUAUCUGCGCCUUUGGAAACAUAUUCGGCGCCAUGUGCACGGCAUAUAUUGGUACAUUCGGACCCAUGUCUGGUAACCGUACUCUGGUGAACGCACGCUACACGAUGGGAUGGUAUCCAUCUCGACUGGCCGCUCUCUUCAACGUCGUGGUGCAAAUCGGGUGGGGUCUGGUUGACUGUCUGGUUGCUGGCUUGAUCCUAUCCGCUGUCAAUGGUGGAGGCAUGACAGUCAUUGUCGGAAUCAUCGUUGCAGCAUUAGGAACUUGGCUCAUCAUCACGUUCGGCAUUAAGUGGUUUCAUCUAUAUGAAAGAUAUGCCUGGCUCCCCCAAGUCUGUGUCCUAUUCAUCAUGGUAGGCACGGCCGGCCCGCUCUUCGAUACCACCUCAGCCAGCAAGGGUGAGGGCUCUGUCCUCGCCGGCCAUCGGUUGACAUACUUCUUCCUCAGCGCCUCUGGAGCCCUGGGAUGGUCCGCCUGCGCGUGCGAUUUCUUCGUCUACUUCCCACCGAAGACCUCACGCUGGCAAAUUUUCCUGUGGACGACCGUGGGCCUUGGUCUGGGCAAGAUGUUCCCAGAACUAAUCGGCAUUGGCCUGGGAAGCGGUCUCACCAAGAACCCUGCUUGGAAAGCCGCCUUCGCGAAAUCCGCGGGGGCUCUGUACGUCGAGGGUCUCGCGCCAUUGCACCAAUUCGGCAAAUUCUGCGCGGUCCUCCUGGCUCUGGGUAUUAUCGCCAACAAUGUCGCGGGAAUCUAUGCUGCGGCCUUGUCCUUCCAGCUCCUUGACCCGCGAUUUGCUCGCGUCCCCCGUGUGUUCUGGUGUACCGUCUCCACGAUCAUCUUCACCGUGACGGCGAUUGCGGGCCGCGCCCACUUGCUCCAGAUCUUCAUCAACUUCCUCUCUCUAAUUGGUUACUGGACUAUCAUCUGGAUCACCAUGACUCUGGAAGAGGAAUUUAUUUUCCGCAGAAAACGCGGCUGGUACGACUGGAGCGCCUGGAACACUCGCGAACUUCUGCCCCUUGGACUGGCGGCCAUUACGGCAUUCGUGAUCGGAUGGAUCGGGGCCAUUAUGUGCAUGGACCAAGACUACUACACAGGCCCGAUUGCCUCCUUGAUCGGAGACGGUGCGGAUAUUGGCCUGCCCGUCGCUGCAUCAUGGACAGCUGUCAUCUAUCCAGGUUUGAGAUACCUAGAAUUGAAGUAUAUUGGACGAUAG